GCAGCUCACAGCCUCCUCGAUCUCCUCUACAGCAGCUCACUCACUGCUCAACAAUGGCGACGGCGAGGUUGAUCCUCCUGCUCACGGUGGCGGCGGCGGCGGCGGGCUCCUGCUGCUUCUGCAGCGCCCAGGAGGUGAUCGUGGGCGGCGUCGGCGAGCAGCUGGCGACGGCGCCGCCGGCCGCGCCCGCUCCCUCGCCGCCGCCGCCGUACUGCGGCAGCGUGAGGACGGCGGUGGAGGCGCACAACAUCAUCGGCUGGAAGACGGUGCCGGCGGACUGCGCCGAGUACGUCUCCGACUACUUGACCGGCGAGCGAUACGGCCGCGACUCCGACGUGGUGAUCAACGAGGCCAUCGCCUACGCCGAGAGCCUCAAGCUCUCCGGCCAUGGCAAGGAGAUCUGGGUGUUCGACGUCGAUGAGACCGCCCUCUCCACCCUGCCCUACCAGGCCAAGCAUGGCUAUGGAACUAAGCCAUACGACCACGCGAGCUUCGUCCAAUACGUGGCUGGAGGGAGCGCACCGGCGCUACAGGGAACACUGCGACUCUACCGACGGUUGCUGCAGCUCGGCAUCAAGCCGGUGUUCCUGACCGACCGCACCGAGGACCAGAGGGCCGUCACCACCCACAACCUCCUCUCGCAAGGCUACUACAGCUGGGAGAAGCUAUUACUCCAGCCUGUUGGGCUCCAGACCACGACUCAGGCGUUCAAGACCGGCGAGCGGCAGAAAUUGGUGAGCGCCGGCUAUGUCAUCGUCGGUAACAUCGGUGACCAAUGGAGCGAUAUCCUCGGAUCACCGGAGGGCUACCGCACCUUCAAAUACCCCAACCCCAUAUACUACGUCGCGUAGUUUGGUGUCGGCGCCAUCGCUAGCUAGCUUAGCUAUAGCUAGCUAUAUCGAUGGAUCAUAGUUCGCGUGCGUUUCAUCUACUUAUUUUCUUCUCAUGAACUGUCGUUUGUAGUUAAUGUUUGACGCGUUUGCUUUGAUUUUUCCUCGUUAGUUGUUGAUGAGAUGAAAUUUAAAUUUGUAAUAAUGUUUGUUUGGCAUGGCAGUUGGCCAUUCAUUGAUCAAUGCAUUGUGUUGAGCAAGCUGGUUGUAUUUAUU